AUGGGUUCCUAUUCCCAAAUGUGGAACCCAAUCUUCCACCCGGUCUUGUUUCUGUACCAACUCAUACAAUGGCUGGCGGACAAGAUCCUCUCUCCGAACCCGCCCAGCCCCGGCACUCAUCUUAGUCGCCCAAAGAUCGCAGUUAUCGGCGCGGGGAUCACCGGCGUCACGUCGGCAGCCCAUUGCAUCGGUCAUGGGUUUGACGUGGUCAUCUUCGAAGCCGGGUCCGAGGAUAAUCUUGGCGGAAUCUGGAGUAGAGUCAACAACACCUCGAGCCUCCAGAUCCACUCGCUCAUGUUUCGAUUCCACCCGUCUGUGAAGUGGGAGCGUGGAUAUCCAGACCGCCAGCAGAUCAUCAGCCAAGUCAGGCAACUGUGGGAGCGCUAUGGCUUGGACGCAAAGACGAAGUUCAACACCAAGGUCGACAGGGUAUUUAAAGACGAAAACGGCCGAUGGAUCGUCAAUAACACGGCCAAUGGGAGAUUUGAGGGCGUGAUUGCUGCUGUUGGAACUUGCGGCGAGCCAAAGAUGCCUCGUAUGCCGGGCAUGGAGAAAUUUAAGGGACCGGUAUACCAUUCAAGUGACCUAACCGGGAAGGACGCAAAGGAUAAGAAGAUUAUCGUCAUCGGUGGCGGAGCAAGUGCAGUCGAGACACUCGAGUUCGCCUCGCACGAAGACGCGAAGAAUGUGUACAUCCUCUCGCGGAGCGACAAGUGGAUCAUUCCCCGGAACGCGUUCAUCGACAUCCUCCUAGCCUUCAACAUCUUCGGACAGGAGACGCUCUUGUCAUUUAUCCCCGAGUUUCUGUUGCGCAAAUUCUUCUACCGCGACCUCGAGGAUAUCGCCCCGGCCGGGAAGGGUCUCUACACCGACACCCCGAUGGUGAACAGCGAUGUGAUGGACGAGCUCCGGUCCGGCCAGGCGGAGUGGGUGCGGUGCGAUAUUGAGAGCUUCACCGAGAAUGGUAUCCGCAUCAACCGGCGGAACAAGGGCGUUCCUGUCGGAGGUCCGGGACGCAGCGAAGUUAUCGAAGCCGACAUGGUGGUAAUGGCCACCGGGUACAAACGCCCCGAGCUCUCGUUCCUGCCAGACGACUGCUUCCAGAAGCCCUAUUCCCCGCCCAACUGGUACUUGCAGACCUUUCCCCCGUACCAUCCUUCUAUCUCGGCGAUCAAUUGCACGUACAUGGAUGCCCUUGGCACCGUCGGGAAUUGGCACAUCGGCAUCUACACUCGGAUCCUCCUUAUGUUCCUGAUCGACCCCCUUACUCGGCCCAGCGAGUUCUGGAUGGAGAGAUGGAUCGACAUGACCCGGUUGCUGAAGGCGACGUCCCCGACCGGCCCCUUCGAUUUCUUCACCUACCUCGAGCUGACCUGGUGGUUCUUCUUCUGCGUUGCCUUCAACCCAUUCCGCUGGAAGUGGGCCCUUUUCGUCUUCUGCGGCCUCGGUUUCGCUCUCCCAAGGGACGUGAUGGCGCUGGGGCGGAGGGCAGGAUUCAGGAACGGUCUGGUGAAUGGCAACGACGGUGGUGGUGGCCGGGACGUUGGAAAUAGUAUAUAGAUCAGAGGUUAUCCAACGAAGAAAAAAAGAAAGGGGGUGUUGGCGUAGAGUAAGAGUCGGAGAUAGACAAGAGGGUACCAAAAAAAAAAGGAAUUUGCAACAUCCACGGAUAUAAUGCAUGGUCUUAGAUCUCAUUUUUUGGGGGGGCGGGGUUCGACUCAUAG